UGCAGUCCGGAGCACUGGGCGUCACUGGCACGGUGGUGGAGCGUAUAGUGAACGCUAGGGUACUCGGGAGGAGUGUUGCCAAGUGACCGUGAUAUUUGCACCCCAUCGUGUCCUUGGAAGACACGAAUUACUUUGGGACUUUUCUACCCCCUGUGGAGGUGUUGGGAGGUUGAGGAGAGAAACCAGGCUGACCAAGAGCCUCCAGCGCGCCGCGCGUCACCUUGGCGUCUCCGCACCAUGAACCGAAUAACGGGGAGGACGGGUGACCAAAGUUUAAUUGAGAUGAGUCCCUCCGAUUCUUUUAACGAUGAGAGCAAUGGCCCCCACAACCCCUACACAUCUGCCUCAGGAUCCUCCCAGCUGGGGCAACAAGGGCUCCCUGCUGUGUGUGUGGAGUCGUGUGAGUCCCUGAACGGCAGCCAGUUCUCCCUGGCCCCCUCAGACCACAGCGACAGCCCCCAGGCCCAGCCCCUCAGCCUGGAGCGCAUCAACACCCUGACGGGGAGCUGGAGAAAGCGGGCACUUUUCCUCAAGUUUCGCGCACGGAUUGAUAAGAGCACGCAGAGUAAAGACUCUGUGUUCUUCCGGGACGGAGUGCGGAGGAUUGACUUCAUCCUGUCGUACGUGGACGAUAAAGAUGGAGAAAGGAAGCAGGAAAGGAGAAGGGAGUAUGAGGCCAACCUGCAGAAGGCUGGCCUUGAGCUGGAGACUGAGGACAAAUCGGAGUCGGACGACGGGAAGACCUUCUUCCUGAAGAUCCACGCUCCCUGGGAGGUGCUGGCCACCUAUGCCGAUGUGCUAAAGAUCAAGGUUCCCUUCAAGGCCAACGACAUCCCGGACCACAGCCAGAUCCCUAUGAACUGGCUGUCCACGCCGUUCCGCCUGCCCGACCUCGUCAUGCACCCUGAGCCCGACUACUUCACCGCGCCCUUCGACAAGGAUAAGGCCGACUUCUUCCUCAUCGACGACAAGGACACCUUCUUCUCCCCAUCGACCCGCAACAGAAUAGUCUUCUACAUCCUGGCCCGUUGCCCCUACACCACAGAGGACAAGCAGAAGAAGGGCAUCAAGCGGCUGCUCAGCAACGGGACCUACUCCUCGGCCUUCCCUCUGCACGACUCCAGAUACUAUAAGAAGUCGAGGGAUCCUAACUGUGAAAGUGAGCGCUUCAGCCUCUACAAGCACUGGGCCACGUUCCUGUGCUUCUUCAAGGAGCAGCCCCUCAACCUCAUCCGGAAGUAUUAUGGAGAGAAGAUCGGGAUCUACUUCGCCUGGCUGGGCUUCUACACGGAGAUGCUGUCCUUCGCGGCGGUGGUUGGGCUCAUCUGCUUCCUGUACGGCCUGAUGACCUAUGAGGAGAACGAGUGGAGUAAAGAGAUAUGUGAUGAAAACAUCGGAGGCCAGAUUAUUAUGUGUCCGCUGUGCGACAAGAAGUGUGGAUACUGGAAGCUCAACUCGACAUGUAGUUCCUCCUGGCAAUCGCACCUAUUUGACAACGUAGGGACGGUGUUCUUUGCCAUAUUCAUGGGGAUCUGGGUCACUCUGUUCCUGGAGUUCUGGAAGCGGCGUCAGGCCCGGCUGGAGUACGAGUGGGACCUGGUGGACUUUGAGGAGGAGCAGCAGCAGCUCCAGCUCAGACCGGAGUACGAGACCAAGUGCACCAACAAGCGCCUCAACCACAUCACGCAGGAGAUGGAGCCCUACUUACCCGUAACAAGCAAAUGUGCUCGCACGUGCCUGUCUGGAGCCACCGUCCUGUUCUGGAUCUCGCUCAUCAUCGCCUGCAUCAUCGGGGUGAUCGCCUACCGCCUGGCGGUGUACGCGGCCUUCGCCAGCAUCAUGAAGGACAGCCCCACCAACAACCUGCACAUGGUGGGCUCCCUCAUCACGCCGCAGCUCGCCACCUCCGUCACCGCCUCCUGCAUCAACUUCGUCAUCAUCAUGAUCCUCAACCUCAUGUACGAGCGGGUGGCCAUCUGGAUCACCGACAUGGAGAUCCCCAAGACCCACCUGGAGUACGAGAACAAGCUAACGGUGAAGAUGUUCCUCUUCCAAUUCGUCAACUACUACUCGUCCUGCUUCUACGUGGCUUUCUUCAAGGGCAAGUUUGUGGGCCACCCUGGAGAUUAUGUCUACAUGUUCGGCAAGCUGAGAAAUGAAGAGUGCGACCCAGGUGGCUGUCUGAUCGAGCUGACCACACAACUCGUUAUCGUGAUGACCGGGAAACAGGUGUGGGGCAACAUCCAGGAAGCCCUGGUCCCGUGGCUGAUGAACUGGUGGGGCAGCCGCAAGGCUCGUAACCACCCGGAGAGCCUGUACUGCCGCUGGGAGCAGGACCACGACCUGCAGGGCUUCGGCCAGCUGGGGCUGUUCUAUGAGUACCUGGAGAUGGUGAUCCAGUUUGGGUUCAUCACUCUGUUUGUGGCCUCCUUCCCACUCGCCCCCCUGCUGGCGUUGUUCAACAACAUCAUUGAGGUGCGCGUGGACGCGUGGAAGUUCACCACCCAGUUCAGGAGGCCCGUGGCGUCCAAGGCCCACAGCAUCGGGGCAUGGCAAGAGAUCCUCAACGGGGUGGCGGUCCUGUCCGUGGUCACCAACGCGUUCAUCGUGGCUUUCACCUCGGACAUGAUCCCUCGGCUGGUGUACAUGUACGCCUACCAGACCAACGGGCAGCUGAGCAUGAAGGGCUACAUCAACGACAGCCUCUCUAUCUUCAGCAUCGACCAGAUCCCCGCGGAAAGCCGGCCAGAGCCAGGGGAGAACCCCGCCUGGUUCAACAGCUCCAUCACCACCUGCAGGUACCGAGACUACCGCUACCCCCCCGGCCACGGGCAGGAGUACAAGCACACCAUGCAGUUCUGGCACAUCCUGGCCGCCAAGCUGGCCUUCAUCAUCAUCAUGGAGCAUGUGGUCUUCCUGGUAAAGUACUUUGUGGCCUGGCUGAUCCCGGACGUCCCGUCGGAGGUGAAGGCGCGCGUGAAGCGGGAGCGCUACCUGGUGCAGGAGUACCUCCACAACUACGAGGUGGAGAAGCUCAAGGACCAGCUGACCUGCAACACCUACAACGACUGCACCUGCCCCCCCAUGAUCUACCCCUCGCUGCCCACCCACGAGGUGCUCUCUGAGUGCCUCUAGCAAACAAGUGUGUGUGUGUGCGUGUGUGUGUGGUCUCCUCACACCACACCGCCACCCCGCCCUCACCCUGUUGAUUAAAAGAGCCCUGCUAGUCGUGCCUGUACUUUAUCAUGUUUCACAAGGCCACAACUUCACUUUAAGAGCUAGAAGAGUGCAGUAGUUGGGGAGGAUUAGGGGUAGAGGUGCAGCCAAUGGGCUGAGGGCAACACAGUUUGCAUGCAUUUGGCUGCCGGCUAGAGCCUCAGUAUACUUGACGUUACACUUGGGACGGCGUCCCGAUGCUGAGAAUUGUUUUUAACUCAAAGGGAAUCAAAGAUGAAAUGCUGUAUGACACUGUCAGAGCCAGGGCAGCUUGUUCACUGCUGUUUAACACACACUAUUUAUUUGCCACUAUGAAGUGCCACUGUCACUAACCAAAGAGCGAAGGGGUCAGUUGAAAUGAUAUUGACAUAUUGGGCGAGAGCAAUUUCUUUUCGUUUAUCAGUUCUUGUUUUUCCUCCUGAGGGUUGAGGGAGUAUAGUUCUAUGCCUUGCUUUGCUACCUGCUUUGUUGUGUCCACACAAGCCUUAUCUCAGUGACUUGAAACCAGCGAGGAUGGAUCACAGUAUUAUGUUAUUAUGUAUUUCUAUGCAUCCUGUCAAUCCUUCCCUCCCUCCUCCCCCCCACCCUCUCCUCCCUCCCGGCCCUCCAUCCACCCUCCUCCCCUCCCCCUCCCUCCCUCUCUCCCAUCUCAGACUCUCCACCUUAUGUGUUGAGUGUGAGCCUGUGCGGGGGGAGUUGCCAUGGAUCGGGCCCGCCUCUGCCUCUGCCCUCUUACUCCACCCACUGUUCCCAGCAGUGUGAUGCUCUAACCUGUUCAGUGGGCCGGCGCGACCCUGUUGACUGUUCACACUGAGAGGUGUUCCUGGAGAUGAGAGACUUGAGCGAUGGAGCGAAGGGAUCCAUUUUUAAUGUGCUUCUGUUGACCAAUAGCUGGAAGGCUAAUGAAAGCCAGCCCCGCUCAAUCGUUGGAGGGCUGUUUGUCUUUGGCCAUACAAAGCGCUUCGGUCCUCACCUAGCUGUUUUGUUCUUUUGCCUACGAAUCAGAUUGCCACACCGUCGAUGUGAUGAGUAUACAUUCGCUUUUGAUCUAUUGUUUUGCACAAAGCACUUAAUGAAACAAGAACAAACGUGGCCUAAACACAUGUGUGUAAUCCCACACUACAUAUAUAGGGCUUUGUAGCAUUAGUGUCAAGGUGAUCGCAUCCCUGGUUUGAUUGGGGCAGCUGGGAUGCAAUAGUAGUGGGAUAUAGUUAGACCAUGCUUUCAUUUCUGAUGCUUACUUUUGAACGUAGAUCGAUAACUACACAACAAAUAAAUAAAAAGCAUGUCAAAUAGUGAACUCUGUUUCAACAUUAUAUGAAGGAUAUUCAUCAUGUAUAUUAUAGGUACAUAAGUUAUGCAAGACUUUUAAUUUAAAUGAAAGAACGUUUCAUGAGUCCCCCUGUCUGAGAGCCACAGGGAGGUGGUAGCUUUGUGUAUUGCUGAUCUUCUAAAGUUUGCCUUUUUAUACCUUAUUCUAUUCUUGAAUAAUGCCUGUCGAUGCCUUAAUGCCUCUUUCACUGUUCUUUGUGAUUUAUAUAUAAUUUUCUUCCACUCUACAGCUGUGCCUUGCAUUUCUUUUCUUCCUAAGCUUGAGUCGUUAUACUUAUUUCAUAUAUUUACUGUAUGGAGAAAAGAAAAACAACAAUGUAUUAAAAGUUGUGAAGUUGGGGGUUUGUUUCAAUUUAUUCUCUAAUUUUUAUACACUGCAUUGUGCUACGAAUUAGUUCUCCUGUCAAGAAUUUACAAUCUACAAUAAAGAACUAGUUCAAAUGUG